GAAGCAUGGUGAAUGUGACUUCCGUGAGCUUAAUUAAAGAGAAAGACGUUCGAGCUUACUUAAAUCUCAUAUUUUAUCACCAGAAUACGCUAAAGUCAGCGCAGAAGGAGAAGGUCAGGCAGUUCAUGGCUUUCACGAAUGCUAGAAAGCUUAAGGAAUGCAAUUGGAACGUCGAGGUAGCCGUGGACGCUUUUUUCAAUGAUCAGCCUAGCACUUGGAGAGCUUUUGGCGGAAGUUCACAGGGUUCUGUAAAUACAGAUGCUUAUAAGCUCAAUCAGAUUUUUUCAAAGUACAAAGAUAAAGAUGAAGACGCCAUUUUAGUGGAUGGAAUGCUAGAAUAUUGCAAUGAUUUGCAUGUCGCACCUGAGGAUGUUGUGUUGUUAGUCAUCGCUUGGAACCUUGAGGCGGAGAGGAUGUGCGAAUUUAAACGACAGAAUUUUAUCAAUGGUUGGACAAAAUUGAGGUGCGAUUCCAUCGAAAAAAUGCGUGCCGCACUACCUCGACUUCGACAGUCAUUGAAAGAGGAAACCACUUUUAAGGAAGUUUAUCAAUUCACCUUUAAAUUCGGAUUAAGCGAAAAUCAGAAAUCCUUGAGUUUAGAUGUGGCGAUAGAACUCUGGCGAUUAUUGUUGAGCGAUCGUUGGCAACAUCUUGACAUAUGGAUAGAAUUCUUAAAGGAAAAGCAUGGAAAGUCGAUUUCAAAAGACACGUGGAACUUGCUGUUAGAUUUUGUGAAGCAAAUUGGUUCCGAUUUUUCUAAUUAUGAUGCUGAAGGUGCUUGGCCAGUCCUUAUUGACGAGUAUCAACACGGUGGAUUGAACUAUGGCUUUGUUGAAUUCAAUGAUCAUCGUUCCGCCGAACAGGCUCUUCAAACACUUAAUGGACGAAAGAUAUUCAACAUGGAGAUUAAGGUGAACUGGGCUUUUCAAGGGCAACAAGGUCACAAAGAGGAUACCUCAAGUGAAUGGCUUGGGAGUCGAGCUAUUCGAUGCAAUUGGGCCAAUCAAAAAGGACAACCGGGUCCUGGAAGCACAUCAGAGCGGCAAGGUAAUCCUUCGCAAGCGCCUCAACUAUCCUAUGAUAUCGUCGUCGCUCAAACUCCGCAAUAUAAUUGCACCGUAUAUGUCGGAAACUUAACACCCUACACUACACAGGAUCACUUGAUACCAUAUUUCCAACCUUUCGGGUUUAUCAUUGAGGUCCGCAUGCAAGCCGACAGGGGUUUCGCCUUCGUGAAACUGGACUCCCAUGAAAAUGCUGCAAAUGCGAUCGUGAACCUUCAAAAUACUAACAUUAACGGUCGAAUUAUCAAAUGUUCCUGGGGAAAAGACCGAGCUCCUGAAGCGACCACGGCUGCCUAUCAUCCCUAUGGUGUGCAGAAUGCCGCCUAUAAUUACAGCCCUUAUGGAUAUUACGGGAACCACACCGGCCAUCAUUAUUCUAACGCAGAAAGCGCCGGCUGGGAACAGUAUUAUAAUAAUGGAUAUGAAACUUAUGGACAACAAUACUACCCGUACGGAUAUGGUCAGGCGGUUCCACCUGGGGCUCCGGGAAUGGGCACCCCUACGUCUCCGCAUGCCGUUGCCGGCG